CCGCGCUGGGCAGCGGGGCUGGCGGGCGGACCGGGCCGGGCCGGAGGAGAAGUUUUUGCUGCGGCUGUUGAGCGAGGGUGCGGGCCCCCGCAAGCAGUGCACGCCCGCUGCCAUGGCUUUCCGUAGGAGGACGAAAAGUUACCCGCUCUUCAGCCAGGAGUUCGUCAUCCACAACCAUGCAGACAUCGGCUUCUGCUUGGUGCUCUGCGUCCUCAUCGGGCUUAUGUUCGAGGUCACAGCCAAGACUGCCUUCCUAUUUAUCUUACCUCAGUAUAACGUUAGUGUGCCUACAGCAGACAGCGAGACAGUCCACUACCACUAUGGCCCAAAGGACCUGGUCACCAUCUUGUUCUACAUCUUCAUCACCAUCAUCUUGCAUGCUGUGGUACAAGAGUACAUCUUAGACAAAAUCAGCAAACGGCUUCAUCUCUCCAAGGUCAAACACAGCAAGUUCAAUGAAUCUGGACAGCUGGUCGUCUUUCAUCUCAGCUCGGUGGUAUGGUGUCUCUACGUGGUGGUAACGGAAGGAUACUUAACGAACCUGAGAAGCCUCUGGGAAGAUUACCCACAUGUGUACCUCUCCUUCCAGGUGAAGUUUUUCUACUUGUGUCAGCUGGCCUACUGGCUGCAUUCGCUACCUGAACUUUACUUCCAGAAGGUACGGAAGGAAGAAAUCCCCCGCCAGUUGCAGUACAUUAGCCUGUACCUGCUUCACAUCGCUGGGGCAUACCUCUUAAACCUGAGCCGCCUGGGCCUCAUCUUGCUGCUGCUGCAGUACUCAACGGAGUUCCUCUUCCACAUGGCUCGACUCUUCUAUUUCGCAGAUGAGAACAACGAGAGGCUGUUUAAUGCCUGGGCUGCUGUGUUUGGGGUCACACGCCUCUUCAUCCUCACUCUCGCCGUGUUGGCCAUUGGCUUUGGAUUGGCUCGGGUGGAAAACCAGGUGUUCGACCCUGAGAAAGGGAACUUUAACACCUUGCCUUGCAGGCUCGGCAUGCUGCUGCUGGUGUGUGUUGCCCAGGCCUGGCUCAUGUGGCGCUUCAUCCACUCCCAGCUGCGGCACUGGCGGGAAUACUGGAAGGAACAGAGUGCUAAGCGCAGAGUCCCAGCUGCCCCCAGGCUUCCAGCCAGGCCCAUCAAGAGGGAACCUGGUUACCAUGAAAACGGUGUGGUGAAAGCAGAAAAUGGAACCUCCCCACGGACUAAGAAACUCAAGUCUCCCUAAGGCCAAAGUGCUGAGAAGGGGAUCCACUGGGUGAGGGCCCAGCGGGAGGCGAGAAGCACUGGCUCCCGUUCAGCGCCUCCGUCCUCCUAGCUGUGCUCCACCUCCAUCAGCAGAAACCUUGGCGGCGUCACAGGGGGAGUAGCUCUCGACCUUCUUGGCUUUCUCUUCUUCCACAAACCAUUUUCAAUAAAGCCAAAAAUCUUCCUCUCUUGCUCCCUUGAGCCACCUCAUGGCCUCACUUCUGUCCUGUUUUGGGUCUUCUCAGAGGCCUAGAUUUUCCUACAUGUCUUUCUCGCUCACCUCUUUCUCUUCCUUCUCGGCUGUUUCUUUCUCCUCACUUCCUGACUUCAAUGUGCAAUUUCUCUGAUUUUUUUUUUUUUUACAAUGAGAGGGAGCUAAGAUGGCAGCAGUCCUGUCCGUCAGUCCCAGGACCUGUCUAUCUGGAAGGCCCUUGCCAAGGAGCUUCCCUCAGAGCUGGUGACAGAUCCUCAGUGGCCUUUGUGUGGAUGGGCAGGAGGGGGAAAGGCCAUCCCUCUUGGAUCACAAUAUUCUUGGUGCUGACUGACUGACAAGAUGUAGGAUUCUGGUUCUACACGUCCCAUCCCCAAGUGGUUUGCUUUGGGACACAGUGACUUAAUCCAGAAAGACAGUGUUAAUUAACUUUUGAGUCCCAGGACUCCAAAGAGCUUCCAGUGCUGCAUUUGAGUUGGAAACCAGUCUGCCUUCACUGUGGGGGGACUGUGCUAAGAACAUGCCUUCCCACUUCUACCGCAAGAGCAAAGCAUGUCGGACAGCUGCCUCUCCUGGAAAGGUAGCUUGAUGAGAAUGACAGAGUCCGUCUGGACCUUUCUCCAGCUGUGCCAGCAGCUGGGCUUCCUUAACCCGUCCACCAGCAUCUAAAACCAAACCAAACAGCAGUUAAAAACCUGCCCAAGAUACGCUGCUCCCAAGUCCAGAAGCUGCCUGCCCAUGUAGGGCCGGACAUGCAUCUUAGACUUCAUCUCUCGAGCUGCAGAAACGUGAAGCCUCAAGGCCUCCAGCCCUGUGUGGGCCCCUGGUGUCCCCGGAAGGGUCACCUGGCCACCCUUCCUCUGGCUGCACCUGAGUGUUCUUUAAAAUUGUGUCCUUUGCUGACAUUGUCGAGCACACCUAGAGCCUGGUAAUGGGGCCGUGCCUCAGGGUCACUCUUCCGACUGUGUGAGCAGACACAGUCAUGUCCACAGGAGUUGUCUUCUGACGUCAUAGUAGAGACCAGAGCUUGAAUUUUUGCCCAUAAACAGGGAGAUGGGUCUUCAUCAAGGCAGCUUCCUUUCCAGUAUUUGAGGAAUUCGAUUCCAAACAUCGCUGUGGCGUUCUUUUCCCCUCUGUGUCCAGGAUAAGCAUACAGAAUAGGGAUAAGAUUCUCUUGGCUUCUUCUGGGUGCACUUAGGAAGCAAGGCAGAAUUUUGAAAGUACGUUUCUGCAUUCUCUCUCUCUCUCUCCUUCCCGGGCUCAUGGCGGCCCUCACAGAGUUGGUCUGGCAUGUUUUAGCCAGUGUAGCCCAAUAUUCUGGUUGUGAUUUUAAUUAACCUCGUGCUUGGGACACCGCCUAGGCUGUGUGGAAGUUCAGCCAAUGGUUCCCAAAUUCUCCUCACGCCAUUAGUCCAGGUGUCCUCCCGCACCUUCCCCAAGCUAUGUCACUGGCCAGCCAUUACCAGCUGUUGGCAACAGGUUUGUCGCCAGGCUGGGCUGUUGAUACUUGUGACAAGCAUGUGAUAUGUAGAGGUCUUGCAGAAAGAGGUACAAAGAGAAGGUGGCAUUCUGGAUCCAGCAGCCCUAUCACUAUUUGUCACUUGCAGCUUCUUUCCCGGGACACUUGGAGGCCUGACAUGAUGUGGCUUCGUUCCUUAAAUGUCUUGCAAGCUUCCUGUGUUGCUAGUCUGGGGGAUGCAUUAACAGGGAUCCAAUAUCUGGAUUAAUGUAGGCUCUUCUAGAACAUAAGUAUUUGGUCAAUGGUAAGAGUUAGGACAGUGUUCAUUUCCAGAGGAAAGGCCUGAGUCCAACGGCCAUACCUCACCAGCCUCGACUUCAGGGAUGUUUGUUGGCUUUGGAAAACUACAGGCUACUUUCUCCUCCACCCAGGCUCUCUGGAAUUGAUGUUGUAGGAAAGCCAAGACUUUGGUAAGUUGGCACAAAUCAUGUUGCCAGAAUUCCAGUAACUAAGUUCCACAUCAUCCUGUAAGCAUGCAGGCUAGCUUGUUCUAAUUUGAGCACCUUGGCCUCAUUCUUCCUUCUUACGAAGUCUCCCCUGUCCCCAAAGUGCCACAACCCUAGUGAAGGACCUGCCACACUCCUCUAUUCUAAGAUGCUUGGCAGCGUCUGCCAAGACCAGAAGAUGCUCUUCUCUACCUCAGCAGCCAUUGCCUGUUUCUCAGCAUCCCUGGGAUGCCAGCAGGCGGGAGUGGCAGGAGUGGUGGAUGGUGAAUUCCCUGCUGCCAGUUGCCCUCCUCAGAGGAUGGAUGAUGGAACGUUUAUUUUUACAAGUUGUCCAAGCAUGGGUGCCUACACUAUGAGUAAGCUCUGUGUGCUAUGAAGGGAGGCUUUCUGCCAUUCCAGUCAGUCUUAACCCUGUGUGCCUAAAUGGUUGUGGCUAGCACCACCUAACCUAUAUAAGGGUGACCUUAAAUCACUUAAAUUUAGAUGCCUGUGCCCUGGCUAUGGAACCAUGCUUUUGUGGAAUACCUGGGACCGUAUGAGUCCAUGAAGGUAGAUGCCUCCUCCUUUGUCCCCAUUGACAUUUUUCCUGAGUGGUUAAAAAGAGGCGUGGGGAGAAGAAAGAUACAUUCUCCAAAAACGUCUACAAUGCUCAUGUAAAAUCCCUGCAUCCUUAAAGAAACCCACUGACUCAGCUAGGGAAGGCCUUUGUAUGUGUUUUUGAUGGGCUUCAGCCUUCCCAGUUGGGUUUGCAGAAGUCCGGAGUGGGAGAAAGUAGAGGGCCUAUCUAGGCAUAGCUAACCUUCUCUGCUUACAGGCCUCUGAGUCUCCAGCAGACAAAUUUACAUUCUUGAUCUCUGGCCUCUGUGCUUCACUGGCAUAGAUUGGACUUGAGUAAGGCCUGUGGGUCAGGACAGUGGGGUGGUCACCCCCCUCCCAUGACCUCCUGAGCUUGCAGCUUCUUUCCUCAAAAGAGGGGCAAUAUUAAUGUCAGAGUUGGAAACACCUAUAGGAUCCCUCUCUGGCCCCCGGUUAGCAUUAGGAGGACGCUGUCACCAUCUUCUCACCCUUCACCCUGUUGCUCGUGCAAACGUUACUUCCUUCAUGCAUCUUUCAAAGCUCCGCAGAUGAGAAGCCAAGUCCUACUGAGCAGCCUCUGUAAACUCUGUCCUUGUUCUUGUCCUCAGCAGGUCCUUGUUCUUUUGUGUAAAAAGUGCCUUAUAAUGCCUUGUGGCCUUCACUGGUACUGUAUGGCCAGCCCCCAACUGCCAGGGCUCUAGGGCUGACCGUCACAUGCAGCCAAUGACACCAUACCUCAGCAUGGCUCCAGGUAAAAGGGACAUGGGUAGACAGUUUUGACCCUCUUCUCCUCACACACAGAUCUCGUGUGUUCUCCUCUUCGUCUCAAGUGUUCCCUUGUCUGUUGCCUUUGGGCUUAGCUGGUGGCUGUGGAAGCUUGGUAGAUGGCCCCACUGCAGGCGCCCAUGCCUCAUGUAAUAAGGAAAGCUUGGGGGUUGGGAAGAAGGUCACUUUGUACCUCCGCAGCAAGCCCCGCUCUUCUGGUCCGCUAACUGCCACCGCAGACCAGAUACAGCAUCCUCCUCCCAUCUGCUGUUCUUCCGUGUCACCCCAAGUUUGUACAAGGAAUGCAUUCACUUGAACUUCUGGGUCCAAGUCUUAGCUCAUUGGAAACUUGCUUGGGUACCUAUGGUCUGGUAGCUGCCAAGCUCCUGGUUUCCUGUCAGGGUUACCUUGUGUUCCUAGCACCAACCCCCUCCCUGACCCUUGCCUGCCUGUCUGCCUGUUCCCAGUCCUCUUCCGGGUUGUGCAAUAACCCUCCCAACCAGUGGUCUUUCCACAGGCCUUUGUCCCUUGCUGUAUCCUGCAGAGUGGGAGAGAGGGGACCCAUGGGAGGGGUAGUCAUCAUCCCUUAUACAAGAGUCAGCCUCUUCCCUUGUUGCUGUCAUUCUCAUGGUCCAGGUAGGUUGCUGUGGCAGUCUUACAGAAUGUGUAGCAUGGUCUUAGAAAUUCUUAUUUUUUUUAAAUGUGUUGUCAAGAAAAACAAAAUCCUCAGGCUGGGACAUUAUGGUCUGCUCUGGUGUCACCAUCACCGCUGAAGGCAUCCCAGAGUUUCUGUCCCUGUGGGGAGGAUGGAGAUUGUUUCCAAGAAUCAGCCACAGUGGUGAGCACAGUCCCACCACCCCACCCCCAACAGAACCUGGCUGUGACCGUGAGUCACAUUCUUUGGGGCACAGAUUGGCGUGUGAUGAAACCUCACUUUUCAGUUACCUUGUUUAACAAAACACCUGGAGGAUGAGAAGAGGAGCCGGUGCCCUGGGCAACGCAGAAGGCAAGUGUGGACACAUGGACUGUUUCUCUACGUUGGCCUGCCCAUGUUAUGGACCAAAUUCAACAAGGAACUCAAGGAAAAUGUGUAACUGAGUAUUUAUGCUUUCAUGUAAAAUGGUUGGGGGGGAGGGGUGUCUUUUUACCUUUGGUGAAUUUUUUUUCAAAGUCCUUUUCUCCACUGUUUCUCUCUGGUUUUUGAAAACAAGCUACAGUUUUGUAUGGAUUUUUUUUUAAAUGUAAUUUUGGAGCAAAUGAUCAAAUAUUUUCUGAAAUACCUGAAUAAAGAGCAUAGAAUUAUUGGUCGUAACCAUU